AUGGUCGCAGGACAGAAUCCGGCCAAGGGCGAGAAACAGCCCGAAAUGGACCCCGAGGCCUACAAGCAGCCGCCAUUCAACACCCCCCAGGCCCCGAAUCGCCGAGCAGAGGCGGAACACAACAAAGAAGAGGGCCACUGGGAGGUCCCCCGCGAUCGUGAUGAUGAUACCGCAGUGGAGGAGGGUCCUGACCCCAAUCCGUACGAGUCGUACACAAAGACAUACCACCGCCACAGUUCCCUCGGCGGGCUCACAAGAAAGGGCCGCCCUGCAUUUCCAGACGGGAAGAAGGAGCUGACCGAGGACGACUGCUACGACAAGCUGGCCUACAGCUGGCCCAGGUGGAAGAAGUGGAGCUUCCUGUGCGUCAUCGCCUGCAUCCAGAUAUCGAUGAACUUCAACACCUCCGUCUUCCCCAACGCCGUGACGCCGCUGUCCGAGCACUUCGGAAUCAGCGAGCAGGCCGCCCGCGUCGGCCAGUGCGUGUACCUGGUCCUGUACAGCUUCGGGUGCGAGCUGUGGGCGCCCUGGAGCGAGGAGUUCGGGCGCUGGCCGAUCCUGCAGCUGAGCAUGUUCUUGAUCAACAUCUGGCAGCUCCCGUGUGCUUUUGCACCCAACUUCGGCACGAUCGUGGUUUGCCGGUCUCUGGGUGGACUUUCCACUGCAGGGGGCAGUGUGACUCUAGGACUCAUCGCCGACUUGUAUGAGCCCGACGACCAGCAGUGGCCAUUAGCAUUCAUCGUGCUAUCCUCGUGCAUCGGCACAAGCAUAGGAGGAGUGAUCGGCGGCCCCAUCCAAGCCUAUCUCUCUUGGCACUGGUUCUUCUACAUCCAGCUCAUAUUCGGCGCCGCGGUCCAACUCAUCCACUUCUUCACGCCCGAGUGCCGAAGCACCGUCCUCAUUGACAAGGAGGCCAAGCGCCGGCGGAAAGAAAACCCGGGGCUCGAGGUCUACGGGCCCAACGAGCUCAAGAUGCCGCGCAUCUCCAUGAAGGAGGCCGUCAAGAUCUGGGCGCGACCGUUCGAGAUGUUCGUCCGCGAGCCAAUAGUCCUAUUCCUGUCCCUCCUCUCGGGGUUCUCGGACGCCCUCAUCUUCAUCUUCCUCGAGGGCUUCCCCGUGGUCUACGAGGCCUGGGACUUCGGCGUGCUCGAGUCCGCGUGGGCCGUCAUACCCAUCAACCUCGCCUACUUCGUCACCUACCUCAUCUACCUCCCCUGGAUCUACCGCUACACGCGCACCCGGCAGAAGAAGGGCGACGACUUCGAGGCCGAGCGCCGGAUGAAGAUCCUGCUGUUCCUCGCGCCCCUCGAGCCCGUCGGCCUGAUCGGCUUCGCGUGGACGUCGCUCGGCCCGCCGAGGGUCCACUGGAUCGCGCCCAUGAUCUUCAGCCUGCUCAUCGGCAUCGCCAACUACGCCAUCUACUUCUCCACCGUCGACUACAUGAUCGCGGCCUACGGGCCGUACUCGGCGUCGGCGUGCGGCGGCAACGCCUUCGCGAGGGAUUUCUUGGCCGGCAUCAGCGCCAUGUUUGCCAUCCCCAUGUACGAGGGCAUCGGCAGCGAGUAUCCGACCAAGUGGGCCAGCACGAUCCUGGCGAUCCUGUCCUGUAUGGUCGUCGUCCCGGUCUAUGUGUUCUACUGGAAGGGCCCGGUGGUGAGAAAGAAGAGCAAGUUUGCACAGGCUUUGGCCGAGGACCGCAAGGCCCACGAGGGGAGACGAGUCAGCCAGGCGAGCAAUCUUCCAUAUGGCGAGGAUCCUUUGGCAUAA